AUGGCGGAGGGGGCGGCGCCGGGGAGCAGGAGCCCCCUGGCCCGCAGCGCCUCCUUCCAGCGGCCGGGCCCCGCGCAGCCCCCCGGCGCCGCCAGGGCGCAGCCGCCGCCGCCGCCCUCGGAGCCCGUCGGGCGGCGCUCGCCCGGCCGCGCCGCCUCCUUCAGCGUCUCCCGCGCCGCGGCCGAGUCCGGCCCGCCGCCCGCCGCGCCGUCGGGGCCCGGCCGGGCGCUGCGCAGCCUCUCGCCCUCGGUGCGCCAGCUCUCGCGCCGCUUCUGCCCGCCGGCCGGCCCCGGCGCCGGCCCCGCCAAGGAGCCCGAGGGCGUCGAGGCGCCGCCGGCCUGGCCCAGCGUGCCCGCCAUGCGCCGCCUCUUCGGCGAGAGCCUGCGGCGCCCGCAGCAGCAGCAGCACAAGGACGAGGCGCCGCCGCCCCGACGCGACGCCCCGCCGCCACCGCCGCCCCGCAGCUGCAUCCCCUUCCGCGCCCACCGCCUGCCCGCCGCCGGCCCCCGAGCCGAGCCGCCGCCGCCGCUGCGUUCCUGGCAGUCCUCCGCGCCCGCCUCCCCUGCCCAGGUGCCCGGCCCGGAGCAGCGCCCUCCCGUCGCCUUGCCCGGCGGCCACGACGGGCAUCCCUCCCGGGAGAGACGUUCCGGGAGCCAGGAGGAGGAGGGGGUGUGCCCGGCGCCCCCCAGGAAGCGCUCCGUCCAGGAGGAGGAGAAGGGAGAGCCGGGCCGCCGGGACCAAGCUUCAGGCGCCGACGGGGCGGCCGGGAUGGAGUGGCACCUCAGAGCUCAGGAGGAGCUGGCCGGAGACCUCUCCCUGAUGGCCGAGCAGAGGACUCGGCCGCUCUUCGAGGCCAAGAGGCUGGCAGCUGAGGGCACGGCGGCUGCCAGCUUGCCCGGUGAAGCGAAGGCGACAAGCGGCGUCAACAGGCAGUUCGUCCGGGGCCUUUCGGAAGGUGGCAGUGCCUCGGCCAGCCUUCCCCCGGCCUUGUCUUCUGCCUCGCCGCUCCCUCUCGUCUCCAGGGUGGCCAAAGUCAGCAUCCCCCCUUUCGUGCCCAGCCCGUGCGGCUCGAGGAGCAGCAGCAGGUAUUCCAGCACCGAGACGCUGAAAGAAGAAGACCACUUCGGAGCCGCCUGGGCCGGGCAAAGCAGGGGCUUCCAGGGAGGUCUGGGCGUCUACCGGUCCCCCAGCUUUGGCCAAAGCGACAGCCUCGCGAGAUUGCAAGCCCAGGUCCGGGUCCGACCGAAGCUGCCAUCGGGGAUUGUCAGGACGAAACAGGACAUCUCUGCGUAUGAGCCCCUCCACCGCUGCGGCGGUGAAACCGCAGAGAAGCCCAAGCAUACGAAGUCCAUGUCCAACCCUGACAUUGCAACCGAGACUCUAAGCCUCCUCAGCUUCUUGAAAUCCGACCUUUCGGAACUGAAGCCGAGGAAGAAAAGCAACCGGUUGAGUGACCAGGAGGAGGCAGCGUGGAGCGGCAGGUAUGAAAGUUGCCCCCCUGGCACAGUGGGGCACCAGCUGGCAAGCAGAGACCAAAGUGAGGUUCAGCCGCCCAACCGGUGGACUCUAGGCAACCGGCCGACUCUGAAAGAUCUGACGGCGACUUUGCGGCGGGCCAAGUCUUUUACCUGUUCCGAUAAACCAGCGCCCCGCAGGCUCUUCUUCCAGAGUACCAUGAAGCAAAGCUCCUCAGAGCUCCUGCUGGCAACCGGCAGGGACCAUGAAGGUGCGCUUUCUGAUGGUGAGAUUGGCCGAGAUGAGGACGACGGGCUGCCAGUGGUUAUCCAGGACCAAUAUAUUCAAGAAGCGAGGCAGGUCUUUGAGAAAAUCAGUAAGAUGGGUUCCGAGCAUGACUAUAGCUUUGGUUUGGACCAGAAGGACAGUGAGAACGUGAACGAUGGAAGAGAGGAUGAAAAAUCUCCGGGGACACCAGAAGGCAGCCACGAACUGUGCUUGAAAAUACCCGAUUCGGAAGGGGAUUUUUCGUUUCGAAAGUCUUUGGAAGAACUCUCCGGUCCGGAGUCCAGCAUGACGGAUGAAGGCAUUGUCACUGAGCUAGAGGCAUGCCCUGCGGACAGGUAUCUUGAUCCUGCGGUCACGGCGUGGAAGUCGGCAAACCAAAGAGAGAGCGAAGCUGGCCUGGAAGAAUUGAAGGGGUUGCUUCUCCCAAGUCAUCUUGACAAAGUGAAUAAAGAGAAGGCAGCUGUUGUGGACGAGGGGCUUUCCAAGGCGGCCCCUCAAGGGCUCUCCGAGGCUCCUUCAACUCCCGGUGCCCUUCGGCGUCGACGGAAGUUUCCGUCUGUUGGAAACGGCGGCUCCGAGUCCAGCAGUGGAAGCAACGGGGAAUCCAAUGGCGAAACCUACAGAUCCCUGAGCGAUCCCAUGCCCCACAGAAGGUGCUCGAUCACGGAGGAUUCCAAGAACUUUUCAGUCGACAGUAACCUCCUAGGGUCGCUGAGUUCUAAGACGGGCAUCCCGGAGUCUUCGGCUGUCGCCCUGUCCGAGUGCACGGGAAGCGCAGCCAGCGACCUGUCUGUCUGCAGUGACGGCGUCAAGGACUACAGCACGGUGAUCCAGAACAUUGUCAGCCAGCCUGGGGCCAUGGACAAAGUGAUUGACGAGAAGGGGAACGGCAAGACCAUCAAGAAGAAGUCCUUCAGUGACCCCAGCCGCCGUGGCGAGCUGGCAAGCACGGGCUUUGACGGUCCCGGAGAACCCAUCAGUGAGAUGGACCAGAUCAUCCCUCCGUCCAGCAGUGAACCCAUCCUCUCCGAACAACGAGAUCAGAGGAUGGAGAAAGACCAGGAGGCGGGGAAGCUGUACUCCCAGUCCGAGCACAUCCUGACAACCCCGACGGAGGAUGACAUGAUCGAGGUGGCCCAAAACUAUGUCUUUGAUCCCAAGUUGGCGGAAGUCCUGUCCCCCAGGAUUGCCCGGCGUAGUUCCAAGAAGCGCACCAACAGGGUAAAUUGCCAGGAGAACAGAAAAGAAGAGGCCACCCCGCCGACCGCCGCUCCAGUUCCUGCCACUUUUGGGACAGCGAGGCCGGCCUCCAAACAUGUGCGCCACACCAGUGAGCCAGCCACAUUUAUCCCUAUCUCAGAGGUCAACCUGCCUACUUCUGCCAUGCCAGAAUCCUCUCGCCUGCCCGCAAAACCCUACCCAGUUCUCCAAGCUCCAUCCUUGGAAGAUGUCACCAAGCAUUAUAUGUUGACCCUUCAUUCGGGGGAACCGUCCCCCACACACUCUGUGGAUAUGCCUAGAUCUUCACCUGCCACCCCAACCACGUCGGAGCCCAAGCUGCCCCGGUGUCCAAAGCAUCACGAAGAGCAAAGCGCCAGGAGUAAGCCACAAGUGGACAUGCGGAAACAUGUCACCCUGACCCUCCUGGACACCGAGCAAUCGUACGUGGAGUCACUUCGAACCCUGAUGCAGGGUUACAUGAAGCCCCUAAAGCAGCCCGAAAACACCAUCCUCUGUGACCCUUGCUUGGUCGACGAGAUCUUUGAUCAGAUCCCCGAGUUGUUGGAACAUCACGAAGAGUUCCUGGAGCAGAUCAGCGAGUGCGUGCAGAACUGGCACGAGAAACAGAAAGUGGGAGAUAUCCUGGUGCAGUCUUUUUCCAAGGACAUCCUGGUGAACAUUUACUCCGCCUACAUCGAUAAUUUUCUCAAUGCCAAAGAUGCUGUGAGGAUCGCCAAGGAAGCCAGGCCAGCAUUUAUGAAGUUUCUGGAGCAAAGCAUGAGGGAGAACAAGGAGAAGCAGGCGCUCUCGGACCUCAUGAUCAAACCAGUGCAGCGGAUCCCACGCUACGAGCUUCUUGUCAAGGACCUUCUGAAGCACACGUCCGAGGAACAUCCAGACCACCCUUUCUUGGUAGAAGCCCAAAGGAACAUCAAACAAGUGGCCGAGAAGAUCAACAAGGGGAUGAAGAGCGCUGAGGAGGUGGAGAGAAAUGCCCGUAUCGUGCAGGAGAUUGAAUCCCACAUAGAAGGAAUGGAAGAUCUUCAGGCCCCGCUGAGGAAGUUCUUGCGCCAAGAGAUGGUGGUGGAAGUGAAAGCCGUCGGUGGCAAGAAGGACCGCUCUCUGUUCCUCUUCACAGACCUGCUGGUUUGCACCACGCUGAAACGGAAGUCGGGGUCACUGCGGCGAAGUUCCAUGAGCCUGUACACAGCAGCGAGCGUGAUCGACACCACCAGCAAGUACAAAUUGCUCUGGAAGUUGCCCCUGGAAGACGUAGACAUUGUGAAAGGGGCCUCUCAGUCCACCAACCGCGAGAGCAUCCAGAAAGCCAUCUGCCGCCUGGAUGAAGACCUCAGCACUCUUGGCCAAGUCAGCAAGCUUUCUGAGACCCUCAGCUUUCCCCAUCAGAAUCUAGACGACGUCAUCAAGGAUCUCAUGGCUGCCAUCCACCGCGAGCUGGCCGAGAAGCAGUCGCUCUCCUUCACCAUGUCCUUCCCACCCAACAAAAUGGAGCUCACCGCCUCCAAGGCCGACGGCAACGAGUCCUACUUCUUCGAGUUCCCCAACCCCGACGCUCGCCAGAGCUUUGAGCAAGCCUAUGAGGACACCAAGAAGAAGCUAGCUUCCAACAAAAACUGCCUGGAUCCUGAAUUCCUGAAGGCGAUUCCCAUCAUGAAAACAAGAAGUGGGAUGCAGUUCUCCUGCUCCUCGCCCAGCCACAGCAGUCCAGAGAACACCUACGAGGUGUGGGUGUGUAACAGUGACGGCUACGUCGGGCAGGUCUGUCUCCUCAGCAUCAGAAAGGAACCCAUCGUGGAAGCCUGCAUUGCUGUCUGCUCAGCCCGAAUCCUCUGUAUUGCCUCCGUCCCCGGCCUGAAGAGAACCUUCCGGGAGCGGCCCGAGUCUCUGACCAGCCCAUCCUCCGAACCGGCCCACACAACGCCGGAUGAGCCCGGACCACAACAGUGCUUGCAUAUCUCCAUUUCUGGGUCUUCGCUGGAGCUCUCGGAGCCAGUGGACAGCGCCAAUCGAGAACUGGUCCCCUUCGACAGCGACGACACUGAUGACGAAUCUUCGCCGAGCCCCUCCGGCACCCUCCAGAGCCAAGCCAGCCAUUCCACCAUCUCCUCCAGCUUUGGAAAUGAGGAAAUCCCAAGCUCUAAAGAUGUGACGGCAGAAACCACCAGCUCGGAAGAGGAGCAAGAUUCUGCCUCCUUCCUCCCCAUCGCCAGCACUUUUGUUCAGAACCGGAACAGCGAGAGCCCCAUGGACGGCCGGGCCAUGAGGCGGUCAAGUCGAGGGUCGUUCACCAGGGGCAGCUUGGAAGAUCUGUUGAGCGUCGAUCCGGAAGCCUAUCAGAGUUCUAUGUGGCUGGGGACAGAGGACGGCUGCAUACACGUCUACCAAUCCUCAGACAACAUCCGCAACAGGAAGAACAGUAUGAAAAUGCAACACGCGGCUUCAGUGACGUGCAUCUUGUAUCUGGAUAACCAGGUGUUUGUAUCACUGGCCAAUGGGGAGCUCAUUGCCUAUCAAAGAGAAGCAGGCCGUUUCUGGGACCCUCAGAAUGCCAAAUCCCUUGCGUUGGGCUCUCCGGGCAGCCCCGUAACGAAGAUGGUGGCAGUGGCACGGAAGCUUUGGUGUGGAUGCCAGAAUCGAGUUAUUGUCCUGAGCACGUCUACCCUACAGCAAGAGCACGCGUUCCACGUCGGUCAGGACAGCAGCCGCAGCGUGACCUGCCUAGUGAGUUCCAGCGUGGGCGUCUGGCUGACCCUCCAGGGCAGCGCCCAAGUGAGGCUUUACCACCCUACCAGUUACGAGCAACUAGCCGAAGUGGACGUCACCCCUCCAGUCCACAAGAUGUUGGCAGGGUCGGACGCCAUCAUCCGCCAGCACAAGGCCGCGUGCUUGCGGAUCACCGCCCUUUUGGCCUGCAAGGACUUGCUCUGGAUCGGCACCAGCGCAGGGGUGGUGCUGACGCUCUCCAUCACGGCCAACGCCGCCUCCUGGAAGACUCCGCCUUUGCCGGUGGGCCUCUCUCAGGGACACACGGGGCACGUUCGGUUCCUCACUUCCACUGAGCUGCCGGAGGGUUUUGAUGUCCUUUAUCCCUUGCCCAGGGAUCCAGGUACAGAGAAGUCCAACACCUUGGAGAAGCGAGACUCCACCAGACACAGACCUCCAAAGUCAAAGAUGCUUGUGAUCAGUGGCGGAGACGGUUACGAAGACUUCCGGCUCACCAACAGCAGUGAGACGGUGGGACGGGACGACAGCACAAACCACCUGCUGUUGUGGAGGGUCUGAAUGUUGGAGAGGGGUUGGCCCCCUCCGGGGACAGCAAGAGAGCACUCCGGUCCCAUCCUUACCCGUUCACACAUGCACACGUACCGCUCGUCGCUGUGUCUCAUCUCCCAUCUUGGCUGUCGCAAAUGGGUGUGCGUGGCCACCUUCCAGAUCCACUGCACAGAGAGAGCAGCGCACCGAGGCGCAUUGUGUACAGAUCCCCUGCCCGACUUCCCUCUCCGGAUUGCAAAAUCCAUGUUGCACAGCCUUGCGCUUGCUGCCGUGUUUGAGUGUAAGCGCGUGCGCACGUGUGUGAGACAGGAGGGGAUCGUGGAGUGGGCAGGGGCAGGAGACGAAGAGAGAGAACAAUUUGGGAAGCUGGCCCUGCUUGGAGAAAGGAUUGUCUGCUUCAUGUGUGUUGCCUGGUAAGAAACCUGCCAACUCCACCAGCCUCCCAGGAGCCGUUGGGUGUUGCCACGUCUGCACGUGGAUGUGCUGAUGCCAAAGGUGGAUUGUGUCAAUAGAAUACCCCUUGGACAACUUCCACCCUAAUAUAUUCACCCCAUGGAUUUCGACACUGUGUCUCCCAACCUUUGGCUGCCUCACACCAUCUUCCCUUCCCUCGGAGAUGGAGGUAGGCACCUCUGCUCAACGCCACCAUAAUAUUCCACCCACUAAGCCAGCGCCUGGGUUUCUCACAAGAACCACUUCACACCAUCACCACACUGACAUUAGUGGACCUAACUCCCUCGUCGCCAGUGUAUGGAUAACUUUGAGCUGGGGGUAUAUGUUUGUGUGUGUGUUUUUUAAAAAAAUAUAUAUGUAUAAAUAACCUUUAUUUAUUGUCGAUUGAGGCGAAGAGGUGGAAGGAGAGGCGCUUGCGGGGUUUCUGAAUAACUGACCAAGAGCCAGGAAGGCGGAACUGUAUGCGUUUUUUAUCAUGAUAAGAUCAGGCCACGAGGGCUUGUCACAGUCGAAGAUCUCUGUAUGAGGCUUGUAAUCAUUCUGCAAUUCUUAUGAUGGUCAAGAUGGGUGCUGAGCUUGCGUGUGAGUGUCUGAAGAAGGUGAUAGGUGAGUGGGAGGAAAGGUAGGCCUUUGCAGCAUUCUGGGCUACGGGUUAGGGACAAAGACAGACAGAAUAAUUGUGCAAUAUUGAGCUGAAUUUCCCACCAACGGGCAGGCAGGAAGGUCCCACACGGACACGGAGGGUCUGCUGCAGAACCUCGCCAGGGGCUUCUCACCAAUCUUCUUUAGGGGACACCAUGCUCCCCGUUGUCAAAGGAGAGACGGAGCAGGGAAGGUGGGAGAUUGCAUCCCAUCUUGUACAGUAUUUAUGUUAUGUUUGGGGGUGGGGACGGGAUGGGCUCUUAGCGGCACUUAAUUUAUACAUUUGCUUUUUAAAGAAUUCUGAGCAGGCACUGCAGAGACACAGGUGUGAGAGCCCGAUUUGAGUUGGCUUUCUCCUGCUGUCGGGAGGAGACAUUUGCUGUGGAAGUGGAAAUCUGCCUCUCCUGCACAAAACUUCCCCUCUAAGGCCCUAUAAAUUGUCAGGGGCUCCAGAAGGCCAGUUUUUAUACCUGUACCCCCCGCCUUUUAGCUGACAUUCUCAAUUUUCUGUGCUUUCUGUGCCUGCUUACUUCUUAUUAGGCCUUCGUUGGCGAAGAUGUAUAUGGAGAACAUGGCGUCUUUUCUCUUUUCGUUCUUUUAGGAAGUUAUCUCCCCCUCCCCACAAAGAUAGGGAGUCUCUGGGGUACGUAGAAGCCCUACCUUGUCUGCAGGUAGUGUCAGUUUGCUGUUUGAGUGACUGGCGUGAACCACUCUAUUAUCCUAUAUAGUAACGGGCAGUUUGUACAUUUGAAACACAUCGGGGGGCUAUGAGGCUUCUGAUUUUGAAAUGAAUAAAAGAUUGAGAUCGUAGAGGGCUGAAGCCCCUGGGUAGGUACGCCAGAGCGAUUGGUCCCAAAACAUUCCCUCUCCCUUUCUGUCUGGAAUGGAUGUAUCUUGUAAAUGUCUCCACUUAUUUUCACCUGGCACCAUAAAAUAAAACACCUCCGAUGCUCUACUCAACAUUAAAAGCCCCAAAUACGUAACCAGAAGAGUUUGUUUCGACGUCAAGUUCCAAACCUUUGACCUGAACUACAUUUCCGAACCUUUCGCUCUCUCUUGCCACAAAAAAAUUUGUUUAAGGUAUUUCAGCACCCAGAUUUCAGAAUCUGAUGUGUUAAAAUUUCAAAAGACAGUCCAGAUUUUGUCACCAACAUUUAAAGAAUCACAGCUCUGUUCUGAAAUUGGUUAGGAUCUCAAGCCCAAAGGUGCAGCAAAAUUCAUAGUAAUCUCCCUUACCACUUUCGCCCAAUUUUGGAGGCUGUAUUUAGAAAUUUGCAGUCAGAAAUGGAAAUUGUGAGGCGAAUGUACUUCACUUCUUUCCUGUGCCUUUCUUUGACUUCGCAGUAUGACUUUCCUUGGGGUGUGUGGGGUGGGCCCACAGAGGACGUUAUGCUUGGCACAGAAAUCUAUAUCCGAAAUAUAAAUUGAGGGCCCCAUUUAAUUUCCAAUUCCCAGCAAAAGAAUGCAAUUGAUCUCAUAUAUAUGUGGUGUGUUGACUCAGAGCGG